CGUCUUAACCUAAUUUACACCUAAAUCGCAACGUUCGUCAAUGAGAGAAUUUGCAUUUUGAAAACCGAGCUUUUGUAAACAUACCCACGCAUAUAGUUCUGCAUAUUUUUUGUUGUCAAUUCUUGUUUUGUUUCUAUCGCCUUUCGAGAGGAUCGCCUUUUAUUCUUGGCAGACUGAGUGGCUGGCGGUCAACAUAGAGCGUUCAAUUUAAGACGGAUUAACCAUCUCGAAGAAAGGGGAAAACAUAAAAGCUCUCGAAAGUGACCGCUGCUAAUCAAGCGUAAAAGCCCACUUUACAACGUGGAAGUUAACCGUUUAUCCAGAGCCGCGUUGCACGUUGUCUUUCUUCUUUCCGCGAGCUUCUCGUACUCGUUCGACAUGUUAAACCAAACUCCACCAGCAUCUAGCAUGCCUGCGGAAACUACUCAAGAUUACCCGUCUUGUCCAAAACCGAACACUAAAGAGUAUGUAAAAGGCAUCAAAGCAGCUGCUUACAUCUUGGUGAUCCUACUUUCCCUGUUCGGAAACGUUAUGGUCGUGCGGGUUGUGCACAAAACCCGUCGAAUGCGAACCAUUACGAACUAUCUCAUCAUCAACAUGGCUCUUGCCGACCUUUUGACCACUGUUUUCAACAUGCUACCCACAACCUACUGGAUACUCCACGGACUAGAUGUCUGGGCUGUCGGUGGAUGGAUAGGAGAGGCUCUCUGCAAGCUACUGCCUUUCGCGCAAUCACUCACAAUCUCAGUUUCGGUUUUCACGCUAUGUGCGAUCGCGUUCGAUCGUUUUUUCGCCAUAAUCAGACCGCUAAAGCGCGUGAUUACAUUUCGCGCUGCCAAAGGUAUCAUUUCAGCGACAUGGUUAUCGUCGGUCAUCGUCUCAGGCCCCCAACUUUACGUUUCAACGACCACUGGUGAAAAAGGCCUCGCCCAGUGCAAAGAAAAGUGGGAUCCACCGUUUGAUAAAAACACCGCUCCUCGAGAUUACACCAUAGCCCUGUUUGCGAUGUUGUAUGCCUUGCCUUUGUCCCUAAUAGCAUCUUUGUACACGGUUAUUAUGUUUAAACUAUGGCGAAGGCAAGCACCUGGUCAAGAACUGUCUUCAAACCAAGAAAACAAGGACAAGACUAACAAGAAAGUUUUAAAGAUGUUGGUAACCGUUGUGAUCGUUUUUGCGUUAUCCUGGCUUCCGUUAUACGUGAGAAUGUUUGUGAUGUUUGCGGAGUCAGCUCGUUAUGUUUGCGGUCUGCCUUACGACAUGGAUUUUCUCACUUUGUUCUUGGGUCACGCAAACUCGGCCGUGAACCCGUACAUCUACGUGAUUUUCAACGAGAACUACAGGAGAGGUUUCAGAACUGCGCUCUCCCGGCGUCGCCGUGGAAGCAGUCGCGAGCUGUCGCGUAGCACAACUCGGAGAACCAAGUCCACUCGACUACAAGAGAAAGAUGCCAACCUAUUACCCGAAGAUUCACGACGGAACAAAACCGUGCUGCAAGCUUUCAAAAGAAAAAACUCAGAAAUAUUAUUGCCAAUGAAAACGACAACAGAAAACCUUUAAUUGUGAAAAGAAGGAAGGAAAUUGACUUAGCAUGAGUAAAGAUAUCGUCCCUAUUUUGAAGAGAUAGAAAAAGAUAGCGGAGAAUACGAUUAAGUCUUGAAAGAAAGAUAAGACCUCGUUGAAUUUAAUAUCCGAUCUUAUUUGAGAAAAAAAGAUCUAAUUAGUUUCCGUAAAUGUCAACUCAUUAUUCCAACUGCGAUAAUAGGUUAUUCUCAUUUCAUAGCGAUAAUUGCGUAAUGAUAAAAACACUUCCCCCUCGUUGACUGUCAACUUCCUAAAUUGAUUGAUAGUUAAACUGCGUCAUAUUUUAAAAUGUUUUUCAUGUGGAAGAGUAAAAAAAUGCAAAGAUGAGAAGCACACUUAUUUACAGCAAGUGUAUUUCUUCCUUCUCUGUUAUUCUGAAGAGAAGUAAAAUUAUUUUAAGAGGAUUAUUUUUCACGAUUGGCAAGUUUUUUUUUUCAAGUAAAAAGUUACAUUUAAAUACUGUAUGAACAUGUUUGCCUGUAUUUAAAGAUAGCUAUUCUCAUUCGUGAACUUUCGCCUCGAUAUCGA